AUGUCUAGAUCCAGAAACCCCGCAACGACCUCAAUCGAGCGCGACGAGCUCCCAAUCCAAGAGUUCAUCUGCCGCCAACGCCUCCGCAACGAAUCCAUCUCCUGCAGCAGCACUCCCCGCCGCCCCUUCUCACCAACCCCAUCAGCACUCCUACCGCCGCCAGCACCACCACCCUCAGCCAUCCCCAGCCCCGCACCUCCACCCAAUCCACCCCGUUCACCCAUCACCUCACCCACCCGACCCUCCCCCCUCCUAACCCUCCUAACCCUCCUCCUCCUCCUCUCCACCAUCCACCACCUCCUCGGCCCCGCCCUCCAACCCCUCCGCUUCCGCACCUACAACAGCACCACUUCCCACCAGAUAACCCGCCUCCACUUCCUCACCACCAUCCUCCCCACCACCCUACUCCACCCCGGCACCGCUAAUACGCCGCCCACUCGCCCCCCACCGCCGCCGCCGCCAUUCGCACCGCUCAACCCCACCUACCCCUACGCUUCCGCCGCCCGCACGUCGCUGCAGCACCUCCUCGCCUUACACGCGCCUGUCGCGGCCGAGCACGUCCCUGUGUUGGCUGGGGCGCGGUACGCGGCGUAUCCGGCUGUGCGUGCGCUGGGGGCGUUGGAGGCUGGGCUCGCUGGCGUCGACGCGAGCAGGGAGGGGGAUGGUGGGAGGGCGGGAGCAGGAGCGGUCGCGGCGCGCGUGGCGGACGUUCGGGAUGCGGUGCGCGCUCUGCAGCGGGCGAGCGAGCGGUGGGCGGUGGUGGAGGCGCUAGUGGAGGGACACGAAGGGGUUGAGGGGGUGCUGUUGGCAGGACUGAGGGAGGUGGAAGGGCUGGGGGUAGCAGAACAGCCGCCCGUCGGCAGGAGUGGGAAGGCGUUUCUGUGGUGGCGGGUCUCCAAGGCGGAGGGAGACGAGCAGACGAAGGAUCAACGCGUCGAUUGGCGGCUACGCACGGCGUGCCAGGCAGCUGCGUUCAGUCAGGCGCUGGACGAGGUCGAGGAGUGGCGGGUGCCGGCGCUGCUGGGGUUGGCGGAGGAUGUGCGGCGGGCGGCGGGGAUGGUGGACAAGGCUGUAUUGGGCGCGUGUCGGGGCGUCGGGGAGAUUCUAGAGCGGGCGGAUCUCGUGUGUGCGGAUGCGCUGGUAGUGUUGUGGAGAGAGCUUCAGCCACGGGGCUCAGUGUCAGUGAAAGACAUUGAGGGGAUUUGGAAGGCAAAGGUGGAGGCGGCAGCUGCGGCCGAGGCGACGAUCAAGGAUCUGGAAAUUCUGAAGGAGCAGGCCCGGAUGCAACGGGAUGGUAUAGAUGUGUGGAUGAUGUUUCUUGAGAGGGUACCGGGAGAAAGUGUGGAAGAGAAAUGCCAAUUAUAG